GAUGAGUGGAAAGUCGAGGAAGCAAUCAUCCUCCCGUUCUCGGUCCCGAUCCAGGUCAAGAAGGACGAGUGGAAUGUCCAGCGACCACUCAUGCUCCACUUCCCGAUCCACUUUGAGGUCAAGCAGGAUGCGUGGAAAGUCGAGGGAGCAGUCAUGCUCCCGUUCUCGGUCCCGAUCCAGGUCAAGAAGGACGAGUGGAAUGUCAAGGGAACACUCACCCUCUCACUCACCAGUGCAAGGGUAUAAAACAUCUCCAUAUCGUCAUCGGUGCUCUCGAUCUCCUGACCAAUCUGAGGACAAGUGUUCCAGGGACCACAGACCUGUUAAAGAGCAGCUCAGGAACAUCUCCAAAGGAUCUAAAGACGGCUCGUUCUCUGUUGGCAAUCAAGGCGGGAAGUCACUCAAGGGAAAAAAGAAACCGUUAUUUUACUAUCACCACCUCGUGGACGACCGUUUCAAGCCACCUGACCAAGAUUCAGUGGAAAUUGUGGAAUUCCAUGGCAAGAACCGCGGGGCGAUGUUCGGGUCGGCGCGCGGUACCUUCCGCGGAGGACGGGGACACUUAGGCAAGAUGCACAUCCCGGGCUACCAUCGCAGCCCAGACCACCAGGAAGACCGUUCCAAGUCACCUGAUGUAGAAGACUGGUCCAAGUCACCUGACCAGGAAGAAUAUUCCAAGUCACCUGACUGCGUCUCAAUUGAAGGUGACGGCUACAAGGACAUGACCGGUCAGUACCGUGGUGCGAUGCAGGGUACCUACCGUGGCGGACGAGGACGGGGCUAUUUAGGAAAGGACUACAUUCCAGGCUACGACUGUGGUGAUAAUCCGGGCAACAAUCGUGGCAUGAGAGGAACAUUCAACCCAAGAGGUGGGCGGGGCUCCAUUGGUAGUAGCAGAGGUGGUGGAGGUCCUGCAUCGACCCGUGGCCUGGAAGACAAGGAGAAGGGGGACACUAAGCAAGGGAAAGGCAAGAAAGGCAAGAAAGGAAAGAAGGUGGCCAAGCGUGACCAGGAAAUAAAGAAGACUGCACAACAGAGAGCAGCUAGGCAACUGAGAAAGAAGAAAGCAAAGGAAAGGAAGAAAGCAAAGCAAGCUCAGCGAGCAAAACAAGGAAAGAACGUUAAGAAAGAAAAGAAUGUCAAAAAAGGGAAGAAUGUUAAGAAGAACCCCGGUGGGCCAGCAUCAGGGCAGGCGGGGAGGAACAAUCAGUGCAAUGUUAUUAACCAGACCUUUGCUGAUGUCAAGAUGCUACCACUGAACCUUCUACCCAUGCCAAACAUUGCACCCAUACCGAACCUUGGAAUCAACUCCAUCUUAAAUCAGCCACAAGUCUUGCCACCGUUUAUGUUUAAUCCCCUUCUGUCUCUUAUGAGGGGGCUUCAGAAGUAACAGGAUUUACUUGUAACUGGACCAUUGUGGACUGUACAUUUGUAAUUGUUUUUACUUUUCAUUCGCUUCACUUCUAAAUUUUCAUUUACAAGUCUAAAUCUAUGUUGCAUGGCAUUGAGAAAUGGGUCAAGAUUGCUAAAUGUAUACAUCAUUUUUGCUUGACACUGUUCUUUGCAGUUAUUUAUUUCAAAUUUUUGUACCAUUUUCAACUAUUUGCAAGAUUCUGCUGUCAAAAUUUAAAUUUGUCUUUUCACUUUUUGGUUACCAAGCGAUCAACAAACACUUUUAUGACAGUAUUUUUGUUUUAUCCCAGGACUCCCAUGGAGACUAAAAAAAAUGCUUAAUUUGUUGUAUAUACAGUGAAAUCUUGGUAAGUCAAAACCUGCUAACUCGAAAACCCUUCUAACUCGAUGUAAAAACUCACUCCCGUCAAUUGUUGCUGAAUAGAAAAUCCAUUUGCUAACUCAAAACUCUGCUUAACUCAAAAUUUGAGCCCAUUCCCCUGAGCUGUGACUUAUCGAGAUUUCACUGCACGUGUAUACACCAGACAAAUACCUUUACAUCUGUAAUCGUUUGGAAAACCUCUCAGUUUUAGAAGGUGAGAGGGAUUGGGUCUUCAAAAUAGGGUAAGAGAAAAAACAAAAGAAAUACUGGCCACGCACAUGUUUAUUCCCUUAUGCAUAUUCAAUACAUGUAUUGCAUUUAGUGUCAAGUGCAAUUUUUAGUAGUACUGUAAUGAGUGAACCAUACUUGUAAAAAUAUAACCAUGUUACUACGUUCCAGAAAA